AUCCCCUCGACCCUCCCACCACAAUAAACCACCCCCUAAAACACACACACUUACUGUGUGUGAACUUUGUGUUUGAAAAUAUAUCAGAUGGGUUUAACGUCUCUUCAAGUUUGCAUGGACUCUCCAGACUGGUUUCAGGGCACAAAUCCAGAGGAACUAGCAAUAGACACAUCCUCGCCAUCAGGACUUACUGACUCCAUGCUCUCAUGUUCCCGGCCGUUAAUGGACCGGCGGCUCCGGCCACCGCAAGACCACCCUCUCAAAUGUCCACGUUGUGACUCCACACACACCAAAUUCUGCUACUACAACAACUACUCACUCACUCAGCCUCGUUACUUCUGCAAGACCUGCCGCCGGUACUGGACCAAAGGCGGAACCCUUCGUAACAUCCCCGUAGGUGGCGGUUGCCGGAAGAACAAGAAAGUGGUGUCCAGUUCUAAAAAACCCAUCAUCCAACACCACCAGAAAAACUCACAUUUGGUUGAUAUUUACCAAAACCCUAACCCUAACCCUAAUCAUAAUCAUAAUCAUCAGUUGGUUAUGAAUUGUGUGGAUCUUCAACUGUCUUAUCCGGAAUCAACGAUGCAGUAUUCGGGGUCGAAUUUAUUGGGGAUUGGGAAUUCAAGUAAUGCUACGAGUUUUAUGUUUGAGAAUAUGAAUAGUAGUUAUGGUGGUGUGAAUGUAAUGGGACAAAGUUAUCAAGGAGGAAGUCUUUGUUCGCCGUUUGGAGGGAUGACACUCGAUUCGAUUAAUUCUUUUGGAGAGAGAGGGUUAAUUGCGUAUAAUCGCGAAGGAAAUGGUGUAAAUGAUGAUAACAUUGGUGGUUUUGUUGAUGUAAAGCCAAACGUGUUGGCUUUAGAAUGGCAAGAUGAUGGUCAUGCUAGUGCGACUUCAGGCGGUGGUGAUGGUGGGUACUUGACGGGUCUUGGGUCAUCAUGGGGUGGGUUGGUUCAUGGGUAUGGACCAUCGACGACGAACCCAUUGGUGUAGUUUGAUUUCUAGGUGUUUUUAGGAAAAUUAUAAGUGUUUCUUGGAGAUUUUUGAAAGUUUUUUGGUUUAUUAGAAGUUUGCUAUUCGAGGGUAGUGGACUCUAAAAAAAUCUAACACCAAUUAUUCACGUGACAACCAAAUAUUUCGAAUCCAUUGAUAUGACAAAAUACAAGAAAAUGAGUCUACUUCUUUAAUUAGCAAACUUCCUAUAAACCAAAACAAGUUCAAAACUUCUUCUAAAAACGCUUAAGAUUUUUCUAUAGGAAUCAAAUUGCAUGGGUUGGGUGUAUAGUGUUCAAACUUUUGAGUGUGAACGGGGGUUCAAAAACUACUGCUUUGGAUGUUGGUUUUUUUUAUAUUAUAUUUAGUGGUGGUGUUUGUUGAAUGUUAUUUUAGUUGGCAUUCAGGAUCGUAGGAUUUUGUGACAUCUCGAGAAAGAUAAUUAGUGUGUUUUUUAAUGUU